AUGGCCGCCGAAGUCGUAGCUGGAGCCUACAUUGCCGCCGAGGCAAUCGAGCAUACCGCCGAGGCAGGAUACGCCGCCUACAUCGUCUCGAAACCAACCUUGCCCCUCAAGGCCACAUUCAGUCGGAUAGCAACAUCAUCGGGUGACCAUUCUGGUCGAUCGCUAGCACGGUCACACCAUACCUUGACGGUAGUGGGCAACAAAGCCUAUAUAUUCGGUGGCAUUACUGCCGAAAACAAGCUUGCGAGCAACGAUGUGCAUGCGGUAACGCUGGAGCACUCCGGUGAGCCUGAAAUGGACUAUGGCUUGAUCCCAGCGAUAGCUUCUACGGGUGUUGAACGCGUACCAGCUGGAAGAGCAAGUCACGCUGCAUGUGCGUUUCACGGCAAUGUUGCUGUGUAUGGUGGCUGCAACGAGAGCGAUGAGCUGAUCGAUGAGAAGUCCUCAGUGUGGCUGUUCAGCCCAGAGCGAAAAAUGUGGGAACAUCUGGCACCAUCGACUCUAGAUCUUGCACCAGGGCCGCGGCGACAGGCAAAGCUGUUCGCACAGGACAAGUGCAUCGUACUUUUUGGUGGCUAUGAUGGCUCAGGCGAUCAAGCUAGCGACAUCUGGCAAUUCGACAUCGCCUCGAAAGUAUGGUGGCAGCUCCCCACUGCGCCAGUCGCUACCACCAACGUUGCCUUAGCAAACAAUCAACUCUGGCUGAUCUCCGGAUCGGACCCUAUGAGCAGCCAGCUUCACCACCUAGACAUUUCAUCUCCUAAGAAUGAGAUGUCGUGGGAUACUUUCACCUUUCCAACAAACCCAAUAGCCCCAGGCCCCCGUGCUCGACAGGGUGGAGCGCUCUUACCUAUCCAUACCGGGUAUGGCCGCAACUAUCUCAUUUACCUCCUUGGAGCUCGUGCAGACACGUCGUCAACAGCGAACACUGCUCCAAAGGAUUCAAAACAUACGAAGGAUGCUACUCAGUGGAGCGACACUUGGGCACUACAGAUACCAUCUAGCGAUCUUCAGAUGAAGGCUUCGACGUCAUUCAAGGAGGCGAUCAAGCCAGCGAAGAUCAAAGACGCUAUUAGAUCCGCGCUUGGCGCAGAUACUCACGAGCUCUCGUGGGGCGAGGCUGUCGUUCAGGUACCAUCAGAGAAAGAACUAGAAGAAACGGACGGAAAGCUACAUCCAGGACCAAGGGCGUUCUUUGGUGCUGAUGUCAUGCAUGACGAGAACAGCAUCGCUCUCUGGGGUGGUGUCGAUGCAAAGGGAGAAAGAGUUGGAGAUGGAUGGAUUAUUAGAUUGGGAUAA